UAAGAUCUUACACAACCCCACCUACCCAACCUGGUGCGUCUCGAACCUUAUCGUGCCCUUGCCAUAUAUGAAGUUUCCCGAUGGAGGGGGAACUCUAGUGUCAAUUAUAAUGCGAGGCGCAGCAUAUAGCCGUCUGUGUUGGAAACCGUAAGCUGACGCGCAUGGCUUCAUGAUUUGAUAAAGUUAAGAUAAAAGCUUCUGCCUUUUCAACCUGCUUCCAUCAAAAAUAGGAAACCAUAAAUCGUUCAUAAUGUCGACAACAACAACCAAGGUCGCAGAGGAUCCUACUCAUUCCGAGGACGGACGACAGCUUGCUCGGAUCCAAUACAUUGAACCAGAAGUCAGUGUCGAUCCCUGGGACUGCAACUACUUCGCAAUCCCCAAAGCAAAAGAAACCAUUCAUUCAAUUCAACCCCUCAACGAUCUUCGUCCCGAGGUCUUCUCCUCGAACAAUCUCUAUAAACUCGCAACCCAUGCUUUCACGGCCGUGAAGCACCAAUCCAAGCUUGACAUCGCUGGAGGAGAGGGACACGACCGGGAGAAAGCUGCCGCAACAUUGAUUCCCGAGAUACAAGACAUUAUCAAGUCAGCCACAGGUGCAAAGACAGUCCAUGUCUUAGGUCUAGGCUUGCGAAUGAAGGAGCCAGAUCCCGACACGAUUACUCUACGUGAACGUGAUCCCAAUGCUCCCCCAGAGCGAUGUGGCAUCGAUUUGAAGGCAACGGAGAUGGACCUCACGAAACCAUAUAUGGGAGGAUAUACAGGCAAAGAUAAAAUCGGUCCGGCACGUUCUGUCCACAUCGACUAUUCUCCCGACGGAGCUCGGCAGAUUCUUCGCAACGUUCGUGGGGAUGUGAUUGAGAGUGCGAAAGAUAUCAUCGAAGCAGAGGAUGCAGCUGCUGCGGCUGGAAAAGACAUCGCCCAGUAUGAUGGAAGACGGUACGGGAUGUUUUCUGUCUGGAGACCUCUGAAGAAGGUUACUCGUGAUCCAGUGGCGGUUUGUGAUCCGAAUUCGAUUGACUUCGAGAGGGACUUGGCAGAGCACAUCAACAAACAGCCAAGUGAUGGAGGUGACUACUUGGCUGGAUUGUCGAUGUUGAGGGGUAAUUAUGCAGAUACUCAGAAGUGGCAUUGGAUCAGUGAGCAAGAUGUUGACGAAGUCUUUAUCUUCCAAUUCUACGACAGUUAUGCGUUGAGAGAAGGGAGACCUUGGGGAGCGCCUCACGGAGGUGUAACGUUGGUUGGGAAGGAAGAUGGAGAAGUGAGAAACAGUGUUGAGGCUCGAUGUGUUGCUAUAUGGUAGGUAAUAGAACAUUGAAGAGAGACAGACGCACACAAACUAAAUGGACAGUUAAUUUAGCUUGUUUCAGGCGUUUUGUUGUAAUAAAUGGAAUCAAG